UUACAGUCCACCCAACGAUACACAGUGAUAGAGACAUGUUCGACCUGAAGAUGAGGCAAACCUCCUGAGAAACUACCCGAAAAAAAGUUGGUGAACAGUGGUUCGAAAUGGCGAGACUCCUGUGUGCCAGUGCGGUGGUGAUUUUGGUGUUGGGUGCGGGUUGCGAACCGUUGGCGGAAAAUCAGAACUACAACUCGUCCGACUUGUCCUACCUCUCAAAUGGUAUUCAAUUCCCGGUUGCGCCGUCCGAUGUACAUGGAUCUGUUGCAGGCGAGAGUCCCGUUUCGGAAAUGGAAUGGAUGCGGGACCUCUACGAUCACCUGAAAUGGGACAAGAUCGUGAACGUCCUUAAGAACGAAAUGUGUCGCGCCGAUCUCAAGACCUACAUUACGGAUCUCCAAAAUGGGACUUCCUGGGCGACCAAAAUGUACGAUGCUGCUGGCAGAUAUGGCAGUCAGUUUUUCUUCGGAAAUGACUAUUGGCUCGGAUCGUACUCACUAUGCACGGAGCUAACAAAUAAAGAAACAAAUGUGGAAGUUCCUCCCUUCGAAACGUACUUCUACGUCGCCAAAGUGAGAAUCAACAUCAAUAGGAAACUGACACCAGUGACGAGGCAGUUGAACAUUGGACAGUGUCUUCCUAAAUCUUGUGAUGUGAGUGAUGUUCGAACAUUGUUGGCACAAGAAAAGAAUUACGGGGCUUCGUUAACUAUUGUGGGAGUACGGGCAGUGCCAGGAGAUUAUUCCUUGUUUUCUGAUGUCAAAGUACAUAUCAUAGGGGGCGUUUCUAUUGCCGUGAUCUUCCUAAUAAUAGUGGCAUCAAUUGUGGAAGUCAUAAUCAAUAACAAAAAAUCUAAUAAAGUCAAAGAUGAUGCGGAAUUGGAAAACAACAAUAAUAACAACAACGAAGCAGUGAAACAUGGCAACAAAGAAACAGUUCUUAGCAAAGAUGACGAAAAGGAAAAGAAACCAAGACAAGGUGUGGCUUUAAGAUUAUUGCUGGGCUUCUCGGCCAUUAAAAAUGGAAGUAGAAUUUUAUCAGUUGAUAGUACAGAAGGAUCAAUUAGAUGUAUUCAUGGUUUGAGAUUUUUCUCCAUAGCCUGGAUCAUUUUAGUACAUACUUAUUUGGAAAUAUUCAGCAUUGCUGAUAACAAAUCAAUGAGAAUAAUCACUGAACGAACGUUUAUGUAUCAAACAAUUUCCAACGCUACAUUUUCUGUUGACACGUUCUUCUUUAUCAGUGGUUUACUUGUGACCUUGAUGUACUUCCGGUCGGAAGCCAAGAAGCAAAACAAGCCAAAGGAUGAAAAACCAGUACAAAUUUUCACCUCUAAUUUCUCAAAAUUUGCCUUAAUGAUAGUUUACAGAUUUUUGAGACUGACACCUCCAUAUUUGUUUGUAUUGGGAGUCAAUGAAAUUAUCUUAAGAUACUUACACAAUUAUUCUGUAUAUUCUCCUGCAAUUAUUGAUCACAUAAGUUGCAACAACUUUUGGUGGAGAAACGCAUUGUAUAUAAACAACUUUUAUCCACAACAUGAGUUUUGUAUGCUGUGGUCUUGGUAUAUAGCUAAUGAUACACAAUUCUUUAUUAUAGCAUCGAUAUUAUUACUUAUCGCAGUGAGGGGUCCAAGACAUUUGAAAUUUGCUGCUAUAAGUGUGGGAGUUUUAAUGUUAGCCUCAUGGAUAACCACGUUUGUAAUAGCCAUGAAUUUCAAUUUCAUAGCAAGAGUGCAAGAACCCUUCGCAUUGUUUGAUCAACUAUAUGAUAAGCCGUGGAUGAGAAUUGGUCCAUACUUGGUUGGCAUGAUUGCUGGUUACUUUAUCUUCAGAGCAGGAGAUAAAGUAAAAAUUCCUGCGUACGGAGUUGUUUUGGGAUGGACUUUGUCUUUGUUGUGUUUAGGAAGUUUGGUCUAUGGACUAGGUAAAGACGGAUUAGUCGUUCCCGCAUCAGCAUUUUGGGCUGCUUUAGGCCACACAGCUUGGGGUUUAUCUUUGGCUUGGAUUACCUUGGCCUGUUGUUAUGGCUAUGGAGGACCUUUGAACUGUUUAUUUGGCUGUAACUUAUUUUUACCAUUAAGCCGUUUGACAUAUUGCGCAUAUCUGGUUCAUCCAGUUCUUAUGUGUCUUAGCAGUUUUAUACUGGAUGGAAAUAUUCAUCUCCACAAUUUCUUUGCCACUGUGAUUUACUGUGGAAAUGUGGUGUUAUCCUUCCUUGCAGCCUUUGCCAUAUCUCUAGUGUUUGAAGCUCCAGUUGUGAAUCUAUUGAAGAUUAUUAUGCAUUAGGUGAAAUUUUAAGGACUGCAUUAUUGAAUCUGUAUUAUAAUUGUAAAUAUUUAUAUUUAGGAAUUAAGUUUGUACAAUAAAACUAUAACAAAUGA